CUUCACAAUUUUGGCUGCCCAAAACGCGCGUGCAGCGAGCUCAUACCGGCCCGGGUGAUUGCCAGUGUCAGAGGUGACAUUUAUCCUAUCUCUGAUAGCGUCGCGUGCUGAUGCUCCGAGACGUCGACAGCAGUGGAGGUACCGGUCCACGAUCAACAUCUACCAGACUCAAAUCGACUGCGCGCUAAAACUUUCUAAACGCUUUUUGUAUGUACGAACCAGCAAGCGCGCCUGACUUGCUCUUGUUUCCGGGGAGGGCAGCUUCGAAUUCCUUGAUGUGAUCAGUCGGUGAAGCCCUUUCCAUUUUCUUCUUCAUCUUGACCAAAAUCUCCAAAGUCGCUGGCAGCGCUUCCUGAAUUUCUCCCCACCUUCUCUUCUCAUGUAGCUUCGUCUUUGGCAUCUUCCCUCCAAACUUCGUCACAUAACCUUUCUUUCCUUCCCCUUCUUCACUUUAUCCAUUUUUCUCCGCCUGGUAAUCCAAUGGGAACGGUCGGGACUCAAGCUGAUCCCCUUUACCCACCCUCUCCCUACACCUCUUCUCUUCCUCCAAGCCCCGAGCCGGAAGGCCCCAACUUCUUCGAGAAGGUAUGGCGUUACCGUGGCAAGAUCGCGCUCGCGGCCGCGGUGGGCGGCUUCGCGUGCUUCGCAUAUUACCGGUACCACGUGUGCCCGCCCAGUCAGUACCUGGUCAAGACGGGGCUGGGGAUCAAGGAUAUGGCGGUGGCGCGCAAGACUCUGCAACUUCCGUUCCAGGAGGUACGCACGUUCAACAUGGCCCCGUUAAACUACACGUUCCAUCUUCAUAACAUGUCAUCCGAGAUGGUGCCUUUCCACUGCCUGUCAGCCCAAGAGAAAGUUGCAAUGAGCUUCACGAUCGGGCCCAAGGACCCCGCCGAGGACCUGGCCGCUUUCAAGACGUACGCCACCAAGAUGGGCGACCUGGACCCCGCCAAAGUGGAGGCCACGAUUGGAGGCGUCAUCCAUGGCGAGACGCGCGUGUUCUCAGCCGGCCUGACCAUCCGCGAGAUGUUCGAGGACCGAGAGAAGUUUAAGCGGACCGUGUCAGACAAGAUUCAGCAGGACAUGAAUGCAUACGGGCUGAAAAUCUACAACGCCAACAUUGCGGAGAUGGCGGACCAGGACGAGAAGACGCGCUACUUCCAGAACCUGCGCCAGAAGGCGCUCGAGGGGGCCAACACCGAGAUGCGGAUCCAGGUGGCCGAGGCGCGCAUGCAGGGCGACAUCGGCGAGCGCGAGCGCCAGUCGCGCGCCGCGCAGGAGGUCGCGCACAUCAAGGCGACGAUCGUGGAGAAGCAGAACGAGAACGCGCAGCGCGUCGCGCACUCGGAGAAGGAGCUCGCGGUGGUGCGCGCGGAGUGUGAACGCGCGCGCCUGCUGACGGAGAUCGACGUCAGCAUGGCGACGGACAAGCGGAAGGCGGAGCUGGAGACGGAGGUGGACCGCGCGCGCACCGCGCAGCAGGUGGCGUACCUCCAGGCGACGCAGGUGGCCAAGACCAUCGCGGCCGCGGAGAGCGCCGUGAAGGAGGCGGAGGGCCAGGCGGAGGCCACGCGGCGGCUCGCGGACGCGCAGCUAUACGCCGCGCGCGCGGCUGCGGACGGCGCGCUCGCGGCCUUCGAGGCGCAGGCGGACGGCCUGUCGCGGCUCCUGGCCGCGUCCGAGCAGCGUCCGGAUCUGGCCAAGUUCCAGCUGUAG